AUGUUGAUGGUGAUAACUAAUGAUAAUACUAGGGAAUUAGGAGGUAGCAAAAAAAAUCCUGCUGGAAAUGGUUUUUCUUAUUAUCUGAUUUUUUCAGAUUUAAAUCCUCACCAAAUAAAAAAAGAUUGGUUAAAAAUAGAAGGUGGCGGUGAUACUCCUUUAUUAGAUGGAACCCCAAUUACUUCGGUGGCAGAAUUAGUAGGCAAACUAAAAGGCACCCUCGUUCGCCUCGGCCCCGACCUCUUGGAACUAAUGGAAGCCUUAACCCCCGAGCAAAAACCUCCCAGUGAAAAUGAAACCCCAGAAACCCGUCAAGCCUCUACGGACGCAAUAACCGACCAAGAUUUACAAGAAGUAGGCCUCACCCGCGAGGAAUUUGAAGCCUUAACCACCGCCUUCGCAGAUGAGGCUCAUAUUGCCAACAUAAUUAAAAAACUUGCCUCCGCUAAUCCGGAAAAA